AUGGUGACUUCUGAAGGUCACGGUGACGAGUCGACGACGACUCCACGAGCAUCUGAUGUGCCAACGUUGAAAGCGAAGGAUUUCCAGAAGGCGAAAAAUCAAGGUGUUGACGAGGACGAAGAGGAAGACGACGAGCUCCAUCAGAGCCGUCAGUCGACCACCUCUUCCCACUCGUCUGGCGACGGUGAUGUGGAUUCGUCAUCAGGCGACGAGACGGACGACGAAGAAGACAUGCCGGCACAGUCUUUUCACGGUGUACUACCUGGGUCUGUGAUUGCUGCUUACCUAGCUGAUCCGGUUGCGAAUCCAGCCGCACAAUCGCUGUAUACUAUGACAGCUUCACGUGGCGCUCAUUCACUGUUCACAACCGGUAGCGUCUACGAGGAGAGUCCUCGGCCUCGUGCUGCUGAUCAAGUCCUGACCCUCCGCCAACCUCCUCAUCUUGUCGACGAUAAACCCCGUAGCUGCUAUUCAGCUGCCACUCCAUCUACUAGUAACUUCAUCUCUCUAGUCACGGAUUUUGACGCCUCGCUCGCUCAUCCGUCUUGUUGCAUGGCUUAA